UUUCACUUGUCCUUGCAAGAACAAGGUGGUUGACCACUCUGCGAUGGCCGAGAGACAGAUUCCCUUCACAAUGCUGCGCCAGCCUAGCUGGGAUCCUUUCCACGACUGGCAGCACAGCAGCCGGAUUUUUGACCAGGCCUUCGGCAUGCCGGUCUUGCCGGAGGAGCUCUUCUGUUGGCCCGGCAGCCACUGGGCAGGUUAUCUCCAUCCCUCAGGCUCCAUGAUGGACGCUGGACUCUUCUCCCAAAACCCUUUUACACGCAUGUUGUCCCGCCAGCUCAGUGGAGGCAUGGCUGAUGUGAAGCAAAGCCGAGACCAGUGGAAGGUCAGCAUGGAUGUCAAUCAGUUUACCCCUGAGGAACUGACGGUCAAAACCAAGGAUGGAAUGGUGGAAAUCACUGGCAAACAUGAGGAGCGCAGAGACGAGCAUGGAUACGUGUCCAGAAGCUUCACCAGGAAAUAUACUCUCCCUCCUGGAGUGGAUGCUGAGAAGGUCACCUCUUCCCUCUCUCCUGACGGCGUGCUGACCAUCGAGGCUCCUCUGCCUAAGCCUGCACUUCAGGGUGCCGAAAAAUCCAUCCCUGUGUCUCAAGCCAAGAAAUAA